AUGGAUGACAUUUUCGGCAAGAAAAAGGAGGUCGUCCCCAUACUGGACCUCUCUAAGUCAACCGCAACAUCGAAGGAGGAGUUCAAGCGGAUGAUUGAGAAAGUCCCGGACUACAAGAUGCGCCCGAUAAAGGUGCGCUCGGACGAGAUCCGGUUCAAGGAGAAGGAGUACGGGUUCAAGAUGCAGAAAAAAGAAAUGCGGAUGCUGAUGAAGAACGGUGGUGAACGGGAUAAGCUAUACGCCUACAUGGACCCGAUACCGGGCGAGAUGCGUAAUCUCGUCAUCAUGGAACUGUGCAGUGUCCCGAUCGACUGGAAGAUGCUCACGAGCCAACGGCCGAAAACGAAGGUAGAGGAGGAUUACUUCAGCAAAUUGGUGGAACUAGGCAAGCUGCAGAUCAAAACCAUCCAGCGGGACAAACGGGAGAACCAACUUGCCACAUCGGUGCGUAAGGUGAAAAAUCGCUCCGGGAUCAUCGAGUCACGCGUGUUCACCUGCAACGAGUGCAUGGAGGAGUUUUGCAAUGGUAAAACCUGCGCCGAUUUCAACUACGAUCUGUACACGCGUAUCGUACCAAAGGUGCCUCUGUUGAAGACAAACUCACAGCAACAGCUGUCGUUAAACGGACUCGACGGGGGCGGCACGGGAGCCGGUGCCGGACGAAUGCUGGGGGAUCUGCACCAAAAGAGCAUCGACAGUGGCAGCGGCACCGGUGGUGGUGGUGGCGGGAAAAAGGGUCGUAAGGGAGCCCGGAAAAAGGCGUCCAAAUCGAAGGCAAAAUCAGUUGAGGUGGCCGAUGACGAAGGCAAUCAGACAGCCGGGACGACCGGAAGUGCGCCGGGGGCUAUCGGGGGAGGUGGUAAGAAGAAGGGAAAACGGGCGUCACGUAGCAAAACACCUCCGAAGGCGAAAUCGAUUGAAAAGUAA